AUGGUGUCCUUUUUCUCCUCUCUCACAUCUUCAUCUACCCCUUCAUCCUCUUCGACCCCGGCUGAGCCCUCAGUAGCAUCCUAUCAGUAUCCAUCCGGUCAACUAGGUCAUCUCACUUCAAAUCAACAAGCUACUUUUGAGCAAUUUAAGAAAGUAGUCUCUGAUAGGGGAUUAUACGUUGCAAUCAAAGAUGGCGGAGACCGACCGAGUCAUGACGACGCUACUUUAUUACGGUUCUUGCGUGCACGAAAGUUUCAGGUCGAACCUGCUUUUCAACAUUUCUCGUCGACAGAAAAAUGGAGAAAGCAAAAUAAGCUAUUGGAGCUGUUUGAUGAGAUAGACAUUGACGAGUAUGAACACGCCAGAAAAUUGUACCCACAAUGGAUAGGGACGAGAGACAAAAACGGAGCGCCAGUCUCGAUAUAUCAGAUAAGAGGUGUCAAUAUGGAAUCUGUCUCUGCAUACGAGAACAGUGCGACCUUGAAAGGAGUGGAUACAAACGGGUGCACUGCUCCACCUAAAAUGCUUCGUCUCUUUGCUCUAUACGAGUUCUUCACAAGAACUGUAACACCAUGGUGCGCUUCCCAGACGGACCGACCUUAUUUCCCUACUCCAAUGACUCAAGGAACCAACAUUAUCGAUAUUAGCGGCAUGGGCUUGAAACAGUUUUGGGAUCUAAAGAGUCAUUUACAGGAUAGUAGUAGACUAGCUACGGAGAAUUAUCCGGAAACUCUGAUGAAUGUCAUUGUCAUCGGCGCUCCUUCUUUUUUCUCAACAAUCUACUCUGGUAUCAAACGAUUCAUCGAUCCAGGAGUAAUAGCCAAAAUGCAUAUUGCCCCUUCUUCCGCCAGUGAAAUCACCAAAAUGCUUCAUACGUUGAUUGAACCCUCGGCGAUACCGAAGCAAUAUGGCGGUACGCUCGAUUGGGAUUUCGGAGACAUGCCAGUAUUCGAUCAAGCUUCAUUGAAGAAUCUCGAAUGGGGAGAAGGGGCUGUGAAGGGUAAAGAUGGUAAAUUCACCAUGCCAAUUGGUCCAGUUAGGUGGGAAGAGGCUGAAGAUGGAGGAAUGAGGAUGAUAGCAGUUGGUAAAAGAAAUGGAGUCAAAAGGAAAGUAGUCGUUGCGAAAUACGCUAGAAAUUAUAGAGAAGUUUUCUAUCCUGUAGCUUCAUCCAAACAACCAUCAGAGCCAAAUGAUAAGUCAACUGCAGCAUAA